AUGGGUGAUUCAACGUCAACGAGUGUCCUAUCGGCGUCCGCAUCGGUUUUAAACAAAGAUUCACCAGCUAAUCUUUCCAAUCAUUUUGGUAAAUAUGUGAAACUCAAUGUUGGCAAUCAGCUUUUCUUGACAAGUUUCGAUACGUUGACGAAAGAAGAUACAAUGUUCAGAGCGAUGUUCAGUGGACGAAUGGAAGUCGUACAGGAUAGCGAAGGUUGGGUUCUAAUCGAUCGAGAUGGGAAACAUUUUAAUUUCAUUUUGAAUUAUUUACGCGAUGGAACUUUAAAUCUGCCAGAUUGUUUACAAACAUUAAAUGAAUUACUGCAAGAAGCCAAAUUUUAUUGUAUUCAAUCAUUAAUCGAUCUUAUAGAACAAGAUAUCCUACGAAUACAUGCGCGCAAAACUUCCGGUGAUAUUGAUGCUUCUUGUAGAGUGAUAAUGAUCACAUCUGCAAGAGAAUUACAAAAUAUAAUUAGUACAGUCAAGAAACCAAUCAUUAAAUUAGCAAUCAAUAGACAUAAUAAUAAAUAUUCAUAUACAGCUUCAUCUGAUGAAAUGUUAAUGAAAAAUAUCGAGUUGUUCGAUAAACUGAGCAUUCGCUCACAUAAUCGAAUUCUAUUUAUCAAAGAUGUGACUGGUAGUGAAGAAAUCUGUUGUUGGAGUUUUUACGCUAAUGGACAAAAGAUGGCUGAAGUUUGUUGUACGUCAAUUGUUUAUGCAACGGAAAGAAAGCAGAAUAAAGUGGAAUUUUUCGAAGCAAGAAUCUACGAAGAAACGUUGAAUAUUCUUUUGUAUGAAAAUCGAUCUGUGCCGUUUGAUGAAAUGUUUCGUGCAACAUCACCACGAUUUGUUUCGGUAGCUUUGACUGAAAAUGAUUUUGAUGAGGAUCGUUCUUCGUACACAAAUUCUGCUUCUGGAACAAGUCGACUAAUGAGAAAACGUUGA